AUAUCUAUUCAGUUCUAGUAUCAAAAUUCUAAAAGCAUUCCUAGUUUUGAUGAAAUUAAUUUGACGAAAAAUCUGCCAGCAGACAGAUGUGUAGAAAAAUGUGUAGCCUCUUUUUCUUUUAUUUAAAUAACAAAAUACGACAACCCAGGUAACAAACAAACCUGCAUGUAACGGAUAUCUAAAUAUCCGUUUAUCAGAAACAAAAGUUGUGAGCAACCACUUUUUAAAAUUCAGAAACGAUCAUAUGGAGAAGAUUAGAAAAAACCGAUGUUUACAAAAAGUAGUCUUCUUUACAUAAGUUACGAACAAAAGUAUUCCUACAGCUGCAUCAACAGCCAAUCAGCGACCGAUCAUCUGCCGCGUGCGUUUCAUCGUUCAGUCUAUUCGCAGUCGAUAGGGCUAUCCCCACCACUGCUCCGUUAGCCAAUCAGACGACGUGCAGGGUUUCUCCGACCGUAUAUAAGGCCGGUACUUCGGCUCCGCUUCACUUUGCUGUCGACUCGUACGUGACUCAGCAGCAUUCGAUCCCGACAUGGCGAGAACCAAGCAGACCGCUCGUAAAUCCACCGGAGGAAAGGCGCCUCGCAAGCAACUGGCGACCAAAGCUGCGCGGAAGAGCGCACCGGCAACCGGAGGAGUGAAGAAACCCCAUCGCUACCGUCCGGGGACUGUCGCUCUCCGCGAAAUCCGUCGUUACCAAAAGAGCACGGAGCUGCUGAUCCGCAAACUGCCAUUCCAGCGAUUGGUUCGCGAGAUCGCUCAGGAUUUCAAGACCGAUCUUCGUUUCCAAAGCUCCGCUGUCAUGGCUCUGCAAGAAGCAAGCGAGGCUUACCUCGUCGGAUUGUUUGAAGAUACUAACCUCUGCGCAAUCCACGCCAAGAGGGUUACCAUCAUGCCCAAGGACAUCCAGUUGGCUCGUAGAAUCCGUGGCGAGCGUGCCUAAAUCUUUUUUUUUUAAUCGGCCCUUUUCAGGGCCAAAAGUUUUUAUCCCGAGGAACUUUCAGUUUGCUUUAAAUAUUCAUUUUAUAUUUACUCGUAUUUUUCAUUCAUAACCUCGAAGUUUUAUGUGCAAUACCAUACGGAUUUCCCACAAUAACGGGCAAGAAUAACGCCUAAUAUUGGCGCGCUUUUGAGUCCACAUGAUUGAAUAGAAAGGAUAAUUAUCGCUCGUGUGAGGUAACGUUCUGCAAUUAAAAUCGAGUAACCAUUUCCUUUUUUUAGAACUUGAUAGUAUUUAAUGCAUUAUUGUUCAAUUGGUGAGGAAUUCUGUACGAAGCCAGCAUAAAAUGCAGAUGUAUCAGAAGAGGUUAGACGCUCACGCGCUUUCAGUCUCUAUUGUUCACGUGUAGGAUAAAGAUGGAGUAGAAUAAAGGCGGGAAGUGUCCAUCACGCACAUGGGUCGAGGCGUAUAUAUUCAGCGCAUGCGUCCUGCGCAUAAAAGCGCGCCAACGGUUGGCGUCACUCUUUCUCCUCGCCGCAUAGCGUGUAUUCUAGGUGAAAAAAUAUUCUUUGCUUCAAUUAUCGUCCAAUAUAUAAAACGUGCACAUGUCCAAUAUGUAUUAUUUCCUAUAUAUUAUUUAAUGAUGCUUGAAUAAAGUUCUAGAUAAUUUUACUUUACUUUUGUUUGUACCUAGGGAAAUAACUGAAUUGUAUGAUUGAGGGUGUUUUUUCUUUAAAUUUUACACAAAUGCGUGUACAGUUAUUUCAUUUCAAAA